AUGGAUAGUGACAAUAAUAAACGUUUCAAUUUUGAACAACUUUCACAAGGGUAGCUCAAGGGACGGCUUUAUAAAAAUAGUAAUCGCUAUGAUCCAAAUGAACGAAAAUACACUCAACAGCUCUCAGUUAUAUCCUUGCCUUAAUUGGUGCCUAAAGUUUCUAAACAAAGAUUGGAGCCUACAACCUAAACUCACUCUGCUCUAGGAGUAACCAUUCAAAACGGUAGAAUUUUGCUCGAUCGUUCAGGACAUCAAUCUACGAAAAGUAAAUGAUGAUUUAAUAACUAAAGACUUUAAAAGCGACAUUUUAAUACAAGAUUAGCUCAAGAAACCAAAGAAUUUGUCACCUCUCGGACAUAGAUUAUUAAGUGAUCAUGGGAUGAGUAUUUUAGAGGAUGUGCAAAACCCCAAUUCUACCAUUAAUGAUUCGAUCAUUGGAUUGCUGUAACAACCUGAAAAAAAGAAGGAAGCUUAGAUGAUGAAGAAGGCACUCAGAAAACCCAAGAAGAAACAGCAACAACAAUCUUACCUGUCACCAAUGGACUUUAUUUAUUUGAUAAGAACUGAUCCAGAAAUGGCAGAUGAGUUCUGUUAUUUAAAUAAAAGAGAUCAUGCCUAUGAUUAUUAAAUUGUUGAAUUUGAAGAUAGAAAUCAAAAAGAAUACAUGACCAUUAGUGCUAAAGGUAUCACUUAUUUCCAAAAUGAUGAUGCAACAUUUUUAACCAUUGAAGAGUGGCAAAGAGAAGCUAAAUUAUAUUAAGAUCUUUAGAAAAUAGAUUUCUUUAGAAAAUACAAAUUAUGGAAGAACUUCUUCUUGUGGAAGAGAUUAAUGAGGAAGAACAUUCUUGCCAAAAAUCAGGAUUUGAUGAUUUCUAACAUGUUUUCAACUGACAAACAAUUAAGAAUCACCUUAUUAGAAGUUCGUAGGAUAUGUUAAUAAAUGGCUUAAGACAUAAGAUUCUUAGAUACUUCAACUACAGUUCCUUAGACUCAUGAAAACUUUAAAUAGUUGUAAGAUAAACAUUUAAUGUCUAUCAUGGAUAUCAAAUUUGACGCAUAUGAAUAAUAGAUUAAAUAAAUAAUAGUAGAAUGUUGUUAGAAAUCCUUAGUCAAUUUUAAGGAAAUUCAUCGUAUUCCUCUUCAUGAAGAUGAUAAUGAAGAGAGAGCCCCAUUAUUGGUGGGAGAUGAAUCAGGCAAAGACAUGCCAUACACAACUGAAGCUACAAUAAGAACACAUUAUAAAAGAUUAAGAAAAUUUGUGAAAUAUGUUGAUUACAUAAUCAUAGAUGCUAAGUUAUAGAUGAUGCAGAAUUCAGUGGAACACAUUGUCAAAUAGGUUCGUGAAUUCAACGAGCAAUAUAAGGAGAGUUCAGGAGUGAAAAGGAAAGGAUAUUAUGGCAAAGGUUAACCUUAAUGUUGGAUAAUUAUUGAGGCAGUUGGGAAAUAGGAAGAUAUAGUUUUUAAUCCUGUUAGAGAAUAAUUAUUCAGAAUAUUCGAAAGUGUUGUCACCAAUAGUGUUAUUCGUAUCACAACUAGACAUAGGGAAAUGUUAUCUAUGCCGGAGUUGUAAUAGUAUAUUCAAGACGAAAGCAAUUAACAAUCAGAAAAAGUGGAUGUAAAGGCAAUUAUAAAUGGAAGCGAGAAUUUCCAAAUUUUAUGUGGUCAAAUGAGGAAAGAAUUGGAAAUUGCAUUUGAUUAUUUAGAGUAAUAUGCUGAAAAAUUGAAACCAUUCAUGAAAUGGUAUGUUGAGAACACAGGCGUCAAUAUUGAAAAAUAGUAUGCUGAUAAGGAAGUUGAGGAAUAUAGAAAUGCCAUUAAUUAAUAUAAGGAUUAAGAUCAAUAAUUUUAAGAUAUAGAACCUACACAAGAGAUUGGUAUGAUAUUAUUUGAUAAUCAAAAACUGAAAGCCAAGAUUAAAUCCAGUGCUAUGAAUUGCAUUUAAGAGCUAUAGAAAUUCAUACCUGAAUAUAUGUACAAGAAAGCAGUGCUCUUUACACAAAAAACAACUUAGUUGUAUUCAACCAUAGCAAUCUCUCCAAUAACAGUGGAAUAAUUUGUUAACUAUAUGGAAGCAGUGAAUGUCAUCAAUAAUUAAUUUGAAGAUUUAAGCAAUGUAUCACAAGAAGUAACAGCUAUGGCAUUGCUUAUGGAUGAAUUGCGUAUUAAAAUUUAAGAUAAACACAAAUAAAAAUUUGCAGAAUGCAAUCAAUAAGUUAGUUAACUUCGUAAAAAGGUGGAUGAUGCUAUGGCUAAUUAUGAUUAAAACUUAAAUAAAUUUAGAAAAGAUAUGGAGAGAAUGAUCCCAUAGGUAGAUAGUACAGUUAAGGAUUUAAAUGAAAGAAUUUCAGAAUAGCCAUUGAGUUCCUUAGCAGCAGAUUUGAGUGACAUGGUUACAUUUGUUUAAGGAGUCAGAAAACAAGUGGAUGAAUUAAAAGUUCAUGCAAAAAAGUUGAAUGAUUAUUAGAUAGCAUUAAAUAUGGAAUAUACACCAUUUGAGAAAUUGGAAACUUUCAAUAGUGAAUUCACUUUAUUAGAGAAACUUUGGUGUGGUAGAAAUGAAUGGAUCUCAAAUUAUUCAGUCUGGUUAAAAUAACAUUAUACUGAUAUCAAUUUAGAUGAUAUGAACAAUCUAAUGGAAAAAUUAUAGAAGGCAGCUAAUUUGUGUGCCAAAGAAUUAGAUAAGAAUGAAGUAGCUAGAGUAUUUAAAUCAGAUAUUGAAGGAUUCAGAGGUGUCUAUUAGGUUCUGUAAGCACUUAAAGAUCCUGCAAUUUCAGAGAAAUAAUGGAAUCAGAUAAGAGCAAUGAUACUUGAAAAUUAAUAGUUAUUCAAGGAGCCCAUUCUAGAACCAUUUACACCAAUAAAUGAUCCUAAAUACAACGUUUUAUGGAUUACUCAAGCUGGGUUAGAUUAGGUAAAAGACAAGUUAAGUGAAAUAGCAUUAAGAGCAGCAAAGGAAAUAGAAUUAGUUAAAAUGUUAGAAUAGGUUGAGUCUAUUUGGAGAUCAGCUGUCAUUACAGUGUAACCCUAUAGAGAAUCGAAAGAUGUUUUUAUACUCGGAAAUAAUGAAGAUUUGAUUUCUAAAAUUGAUGAUACUUUAUUGACUGUCAAUAAUAUAUUAGCUUCAAGAUUUGUAGAAGGAAUUAGACCUGAAGUAGAAAGACAAUAAUCAUUAUUAAGAUAUUUCCAAGAGUUAUUUGAUGAGUGGAUGUUACAUCAAAGAAAUUGGCUAUAUUUGGAACCUAUUCUGAAUUCACCAUAUAGUGCUAAGAAUUUGGCUAAGGAAUCCAAGAUCUUCUAAUAAGCUGACACUCAAUGGAAAAAACUUAUGAGAAAUGCUAGAGAUAGUAGUAUUGCCAGGAGAUGGGCAGAUGAUUAUUAAAAUAGAUUAUAUUUUAAUCAACUGAGAUAAAAUAAUAAUAAUUUUGAUCUUAUUUAAAAGGCUUUGGAUGAAUUCUUAGAAAAGAAAAGAGAUGUGUUUUAGAGAUUUUACUUUUUAUCAAAUGAUGAACUUUUAGAAAUAUUGUCAAACGCAAAAAAUAUUUAGGCCAUUUAACCAUAUUUAAGAAAGUGUUUCGAAAAUUUAGUCAAAAUUCAAUUCGAUUCCUAAGAGAAUGCUAUUGGAAUGAUAUCUGCUGAAGGGGAAAUUGCAGUACUCAAAGGAUAUUCAGCAAGAGGGGAAGUGGAAGAUUGGUUAAAAGCUUUAGAAGAUAAAAUGAAAUCUUCUCUUAGUGGAGUCAUGAGAUAGUCUUUAAUUAAAUAUUAAUUAGAAGAUACACAGAGAAAGGAUUGGGUAUUCGAAUUUCCACUUUAAAUUAUUAUUACUAUUGAUUCUAUUUUUUGGACCAAAAUAACUGAAGAAAAUUAUUUAUAAGCAGAUGCAGAAGGAGAUUUGGAUGAUUGGUAUGAUGCUAAUGUAGCAAUGCUUGAUGAAUUAACAUUAUUAAUCAGAGGAAAUCUUACUGAAUUAUAAAGAAGGACUCUUGUGGCUUUGGUCACUUAAGAUGUCCACUUCAGAGAUAUUGUGGAUAACAUGAGAAAUGAAUCUGUGGAAGGUAUCAUGGAUUUCAAAUGGUAAUAAUAAUUGAGAUUUUAUCAUGAUGAGGAAAGUGUCCAUGCUAAAUAAGUAAAUGCCAAAUUAAUGUAUGGAUAUGAGUUUUUGGGAUCAACCACAAGAUUAGUUAUUACUCCUUUAACUGACAGAUGUUGGAUGACUAUCACAGGGGCUUUGGGAAUCAAAUUGGGAGCAGCACCAUAAGGACCAGCUGGUACUGGAAAAACUGAAUCAUGCAAAGAUUUAGCCAAAGCUUUGGGAAGAUAUUGUAUUGUCUUUAAUUGUUCUGAUUAAAUUACUGCUAAAAUGAUGGAAAAAUUAUUUGCAGGUUUGGCCUAUUGUGGAGCUUGGGUUUGUUUAGAUGAAUUUAAUAGAAUCUAUAUUGAAGUAUUAUCAGUCAUAGCAUAAUAAGUUUAAACUAUAAGAGAGGCUCUAUUAGAGUAUAAAAUGAAUUUUUAUUUCUUUGGUAAAAAUGUACAAUUGAAUCCUGAUUUGGGAAUAUUUAUUACAAUGAAUCCUGGUUAUGCUGGUAGAACAGAAUUGCCUGAUAAUCUGAAAGUUCUUUUUAGACCAGUAGCUAUGAUGGUUCCAGAUUAUAGACUGAUUGCUGAAAUUAUGUUGUUCGCUGAAGGAUUUUCAAAUGCCAAAGAUUUGUCAAGGAAGAUGGUUAAAUUGUAUCAAUUAAGUUCAGAGCAGUUGAGUUAGUAAGAUCACUAUGAUUUUGGUAUGAGAGCAGUCAAAUCCGUUUUAGUUAUGGCUGGAUCAUUAAAGAGAGCAGAACCAAACAUCAAUGAAGAUAUUGUAUUGAUUAGAGCUAUGAGGGAAAGUAAUUUGCCAAAAUUCUUAUCUCAUGAUAUUCCUUUGUUUAAUGCCAUAGUGAGUGAUCUAUUUCCAGGUAUGCAAAUUCCUACAGUGUAAAACAAGGAAUUAGAAACAGCAAUAAAGAAUGUUAUAGAGCUUAAUAAAUUAUAAGAAUAGGACACUUUCAUUGAAAAGAUAAUUCAAUUCCAUGAAACAUUGAAGGUGAGAUUUGGAGUAAUGUUGGUAGGAGUUACAAUGGGCGGCAAAUCUUAAGUUUAAAAUGUACUUCGAGAAUCUUACAUUAAAUUAUUUGAGCAAUAUUCUUCGAAAGGAAUAAAGAAUCAUCCAAUAUACUAGAACGUUGAACAUUAGAUAUUGAAUCCAAAAGCCAUAUCUAUGGAAGAAUUAUAUGGUUAAUUUGAUAUGAUGACCUAAUAAUGGACAGAUGGUUUAGCAUCUAAUAUAAUGAGAGGAUAUGCAUCAUCAGAGACAUUGGAAAAGAAAUGGGUUGUAUUUGAUGGGCCAGUGGAUGCCUUGUGGAUUGAAAAUAUGAACACAGUGUUGGAUGACUCAAUGACUUUAUGUUUAAGUAAUGGUGAGCGUAUUAAAUUGAAGACUUAAAUGAGAAUGAUCUUUGAAGUUUUAGAUUUGGCAGUGGCAUCACCUGCAACAGUUAGUAGAUGUGGAAUGGUCUACUUAGAUGAUAAAGUAUUGGGUUAUGAACCUAUAGUAAUCACGGAAGCAUUGACUCUUCUUGACAUUCUAAGUAGAGACAUCAUAGAUCAUUUGUUAGUUUAAAUAAAAGUGUCAUUCAAUAAAUCAAUUAAUUAGAUUACUAAAUCAUGUAAGUAAUUAAUACCAGUACAAGAAACAUAAAUGGCUGUUGGAUUGAUUAAAAUAUUGAGGAUGGUCAUCUAAUACUACAAUUAAUAAUUUAAUUGCAAUUUGAGAGAUGAAAUAUCAAAAAAACACAUUGAAAAAAUUUACGUUUGGGUAUUUGCUUGGGCUGUUGGUGCAACACUUAUCUCUGAUGAUUACCCAAAAUUUGAAAGAAUUGUAGCUGACACUUUCCCAGUCGAAGUUCUGCCUAGAGGAUCUCUAUUUGCUUGCUUAGUUAAAAUAACUAAAACAGAUGGAUUAGUAGAUAUCAACUAUACCCAAUGGAAUGAUAUCAUUCCUUAAUUUGACUAUAUAAAAGGAAUGAGUUAUUUUGAUAUGGUUGUUUAGACAAAGGAAACAGUGGCUCAUGGAUGGUUUUUGGAAUAAGCAGUCAAUACAAAUUGUCCUAUGUUUAUUACUGGAGUUACAGGAACCGGUAAAACAAUUAUGGUUAAUUCAACUGUUGAAAAAUUAAGAGAUGAUGGACUUAUAGCUUUGAUGCAAAUUACCUUCUCAGCUAAAACAGCAAGUUUUACAACCUAAUUAAGUGUUGAAUAAAAGCUAUAGACUCAACGUAAGAAAGGAAGAACUAUUUUGAUGCCUCCUCCUGGUAAGAAGUUUGUAGUCUUUGUGGAUGAUGUUAAUAUGCCAGCCUUAGAAUAAUAUGGUGCAUAACCACCUAUUGAAUUAUUAAGAUAAUUCAUUGAUUAUCGAGGUGUUUAUGAUAGAAAAAGCUUCAAUUGGAAAGAUGUGGAUAAUACAAUACUAAUAUGUGCUUGUGGUCCCCCAGGCGGAGGUAGAUCUCCUAUAACAGUUAGAUUUACUCGUCAUUUCGCUUUGUUAAGUGUUCCUAAUUCCAGUGAUGAAACUUUAUCUUGGAUAUUUAGCACUAUUUUGAAAGCUUUCUUAAAAAAUAAUCAUUUCAAGAGUGAAAUCGUGGAUUUGAGUGAAAACUAUUCUAUUGUUAAUGCAACUCUUCAAAUGUAUUCUGAAAUCCAAAAAGCUUUAUUGCCAACUCCAGAGAAAUCUCAUUAUGUUUUCAAUCUCAGAGAUGUUAGUAAGAUCUUCUAAGGCAUUUUAUAAGCCAAGCCUAUGAUUUAUUAGAAAUCUGAAUAAAUGGUUAGAUUAUGGGCACAUGAGACAUGCAGAGUUUUAAUGGAUAGAUUAAUUAACUCGCAAGAUUAGGAUUGGUUCAAAGAGAACUUAGUUAAAAAUAUAUUCUUGUUCUUUAAGAUUGAAUAUAAAGUCAAUGAAUUGUUUGAUUCAUAGCCACCUCUUAUUUUUGCAGAUUUUUAGAAAAGAGCUGAGUUGGCUGAUCGUAUAUAUGAGGAAGUGAGAGAUUACAAUCAGCUUAUAAAAGUCAUUAACGAAUACAUGAUGGAAUAUACAAAGAUGAAUUUAGUGUUAUUCAAAGAUGCUAUUGAACAUUUGACUAGAAUCAGCAGAGUGUUAAGAUAAUAAAGAGGACAUUAUAUGUUGGUUGGAGUUGGAGGUUCUGGUAAGAAAUCUUUGACCUAAUUGGGAGCUGUUUUGGCUGGAUGCAAAAUAGAUACCAUUGAGAGUAAGAAAAACUAUGGUAAGAAAGAGUUUAAAGAGGAUUUGUUUAGAAUGAUGUGUGCAGUAGGAAUUGACAAUAGAUUAGUAGCAUUCUCGUUUUCAGAUACUUAAAUAUUACAAGAAGGUUUUCUAGAAGAUGUGAACAAUCUACUUAAUUCAGGUGAAGUACCUAAUAUGUUGACUAAAGAUGAUUUGGAGAUUAUUAAUUAAGGAUUAUAAGCAGAAGCAAGAGAAUUAAAAAUCAAUGAUAUAUACCCAUACUUUGUUUAAAAGAUUAGAUCUAAUCUACAUGUUGUUUUAGGAUUAUCGCCAAUAGGUGGAUAGUUAAGAGUUAGAUUGAGAAUGUUCCCAAGUUUAGUUAAUUGUUGUACAAUAGAGUGGCUACACAAAUGGCCAUAAGAGGCAUUGAUGAGUGUGGCAGAAAUGUUUUUGGAAUCUCUAGAAUUUGAUGGUCUGACAAAGGAUAUGAGAUAAAAUCUUUAUCAAAUGUGUGUUCAUGUUCACCAGAGUGUUGAACGUAAAUGCGAUGAAUUUUAUGCUGCUCUCAAAAGAAACGUUUAUGUUACACCAAAGUCCUAUCUUGAUUUAAUAGAAUCUUAUAAGACUUUAUUGAUGAUGAAAAAAGAAGAGUUAUAAUCAAACAAGAUGAAAUUAUCUUCAGGAUUACAUAAAUUGCAUGAGGCAAACAGCAUCAUUAGUGAUUUAAAGGUCAAAUUAACAGAAAUGCAACCAAUUCUAAAAUAAAAAACUAUUGAUUAAGAAUAGCUACUCUAAAAAUUAUAAAUUGAUUCAACAGAGGCAAAUAGAGUUAAGUAAUUGGUCUCAGAAGAGGAAAGAUAAGUUAAUGAAUAGGCAUCUCGAAUUAAGGAAACCAAAGCUGAAGCUGAUAAAAUACUAAAUGAAGCUAUUCCGACUCUGAAUGCUGCCACAGAAGCACUUAAUACUCUUAAUAGAAAUGAUAUUUCUGAAAUCAAAAGUAAUAACAACCCAUAACCAAUUGUACGUUUUACUUUAGAAUGUGUUGCUAUUUUAUUUGAAGAAAAAUUGGAUUGGGAUUCAAUCAAAAAACUAUUGGCUGAUCCUAAUUUCUUAUCAAAAAUGAAAGGUUUGGAAGUAGGUAAAAUCAAGCCAGGAACUUAAAAUAAGAUCAAAGCUAAAAUAGCUAGUAAUCCAGAAUUCAUUCCAAAUUUGGUUUAAAAAGUGAGUGUGGCUGCAAAGUCUAUUUGUGAGUGGGUUAGGGCUGUAAGUGAGUUUACUGAUGUUAAUAAUGAUGUAGAGAAGAAGAAGAGUCAAGUAGAAGCCAUGAAUUAAUAAUUAGAGAAAGCCAAUAAAGUGUUAUUGUAGAAGCAAUCAGAACUGGCUUAAGUGGUUAGGAAAGUUACAGAGUUAGAAAUACAAUUCAAUUAAAAUAAAUAAGAAAAAGAUCGUCUUGAUUAGGAUAUAUAAACAACCGAAUAAAGAUUGAUUAGAGCUGAAGAACUUACAGUUGGUUUGGCAGAUGAAUAAGAAAGAUGGAAGAUUAAAGUCGAAAGCCUUGCUGAGGAAAUAUAAUUACUUUUGGGUAAUGUAUUUUUGGGAGGCUCAACAGUAGCCUAUAUGGGUCCAUUUACUGGAACCUUUAGAAAUCAAUUAAUUCAGAAUUGGAUGGAAAAGGCCACAGAAUUAACCAUUCCCUUAAGUGAGAAAUACAACUUUGAAUCAGUCCUAGGAGAUGCUCUUGAAAUUUAAUAAUGGGCUGCAAAUGGAUUGCCUAAUGACACAGUUUCUAAGUCUAAUGGCAUUAUUCAAAAAUAUAGUAGAUCCUAUCCUAUGUUUAUUGAUCCUUAAUUGUAAGCAAAUACUUGGAUCAAAAAUAGUUAUAGAGAUCAUAAUUUGAAAGUCUUAAAGAUUACUUAAGAGGGACUUAUUAAACAUAUUGAAAAUGCAGUAUAAACAGGAAUUCCAUUGCUCUUAGAAGAUGUGUAGGAAUAAUUGGAUAACUUUUUAGAACCACUAUUAUUGAAAUAAUUUAAUGUAAUAAAUAGAAGAAAAAUGAUAAAGAUAGGGGAUAGAGAAGUUGAAUUUGAUCCAAAUUUCAAGUUAUUCUUUAGUACAAAAUUAGCAAAUCCUUAAUUUUUACCAGAAAUAUUUAUUAGAGUAACAGUAAUUAAUUUUACAGUCACAGAGUAAGGUUUGGAAGAAUAAUUACUUGGAGAUGUUGUAUAGAUUGAAAAACCCGAGAUGGAAGAAGAAAAGAAAGAUUUAAUUAAGAGAAUAUCUACUGGUAACAUGAACUUAAGAAAGAAUGAAGAGAAGAUUUUAAAUUUAUUAGCAAAUUCUAAAGGAAUGAUUUUGGAUAAUGUUGAUUUAAUUGAAAACUUAAAGAUAUCAAAAUAGGAUGCCAUCUAAGUUAAAGAAAGUUUGGUAACUCAAGAAUAGAAAUCUGCUGAAAUUGAAGCAGCUAGAUAACAAUAUCUACCAGUUGCUACUAGAGGUAGUUUGCUUUAUUUUGUCAUUGCAGAUUUCACUUUGGUAGAUCCUAUGUAUUAGUUUUCAUUGAAUUACUUCAAGAGACUAUAUUAAAAUGUGAUCAGAAAUUCUGAAGGGAAUGAUGACAUAAAAAUAAGAAUUAAUACAUUAAUAGAUGGUAUUACUGAAACAAUCUACUCUAACGUUUGUAGAGGUCUAUUUAAUUAACAUAAGAGAAUCUUCUCAUUCCUAAUGACUGUUAAAAUACAAUUGAAUGCUAAGUAAAUCACUUUUGGAGAAUGGAAUCUUUUUGUAAGAGGAGCAAGUUUAUCAGUUUAACCACCAGCUAUGCCAAAUACUGUUAAAUUAACUCCUAAAAUCUGGAACGAACUGUAUUAAUUAACAACAGUCCAUUAAAAUUUCAUACAAAUUUACAACUAGACAUUAACUAAUUUUAAAGAGACUGAACAAUUAAUAUAGUCUGAUAAUCCUUGGAGUUUAUUAAGUGAAUAAUUGACUCCUUUCCAAAAAUUAAUGAUUGUGAAAGUGUUGAGAGAAGAAGAAUCUUUGUAUGCAAUGACAUAUUAUGUGGAUGCAAUAUUAGGAAAGAAAUAUACUUCCAAUAAUCAGGCAUCAAUUGAAGACAUCUUUAAUGAUACUGAUCAUAAGACUCCAUUUAUAUUUAUUUUGAGUUAAGGUGCAGAUCCAUUGUCUAGUUUAAUGAGAUUAGCAAAUCAAAAGAAAAUAUCAUCUGAAAAACUUAGAAUUAUAUCACUUGGUUAAGGACAAGGAAUUAUUGCUGAAAAAGCAAUUGAAAGUGGAGUCAAGAGUGGUGAUUGGGUAAUUCUAUAAAAUUGCCAUCUUGGUAAAUCAUUCAUGCCAACCCUUGAAAAAAGAUUAGAAUGGUUUGAAGAUCCUGAAUUAUAAUCAUCAUUUAACACUGGAUUUAGAUUAAUGUUAACUAGUAUGCCAUGUGAUUACUUCCCUGUAAGUGUUUUAUAGAAUAGUAUUAAAUUAACUACUGAACCUCCUAAAGGAUUGAAAUCAAAUAUGUUUAAGAGUUAUACUGAUUUAUCUUCCGAAUAAGUUGAAAAUUGUGAAAAAAAGGAGCCAUGGAAAAAAUUACUCUAUUCUCUUGCAUUUUUCCAUGCUGUUGUACAAGAACGUCGUAAAUUCGGACCUUUGGGUUGGAACAUUAGAUAUGAGUAAAAUUUUAUCUUAAAUUAGAUUUAAUGAUUCUGAUCUGGAAACUUCGUACACACUACUUAGAAAUUUUCUUGAUUUGCCUUAAGAUAUACCCUGGGAUGCCAUUGUAUAUGUAAUAGGAGAAAUCACAUAUGGUGGAAGAGUCACAGAUGAUUGGGAUAGAAGAUGUUUGCUUACAAUUUUAACCAAAUUUAUUAAGUAAACUAAUAUUUGAUUAAUUUUAGUGAAGAUGCAUUAAAUGAUGGAUACUCAUUUUCAGAUUCAGGCAUUUAUAAAUAACCUGCUGAAAUGAAUAUUGAUGGAUAUAGAAAUUUAAUAAAUAAAUUCCCAGAUUUUGAAAAACCUGAAGUUUUUGGAAUGAAUGAAAAUGCCAACAUUACCUUUAAAUUAACUGAAUCUAAAAUGGCUUUAUCUACUAUCUUAAGUAUUCAACCAAGAGAGAGUGCUCAAACUAGUGACUCAGAUCAAAAGGCAAAAACUCCAGAUGAAAAUGUGUUGGAACUUUGUGAUAUUCUCUCCUAGAAGCUUCCAUUUUAAAUUAAGGAAUAAGAAAAAAAGAAAAAAUAAAAUGCUCCUUAAAGCAAUUCAUCUGAAAUUGAUUCUCUCAAAGUUUGUUUGAAUUAAGAAGUUCAAAGAUUUAAUAAAUUAUUAUCAGUAAUUGGAAAUUCGAUCAAGAAUUUACAAGCAGCUAUCAAAGGUGAAGUUGUUAUGUCGGCUGAACUUGAUAAAAUGUACAGCUCCUUACUCAAUAAUUAAGUCCCUUAAAUUUGGGCUAAUAAAGCUUAUCCUUCUUUAAAGCCUUUGGCCUCAUUUUAUGACGAUAUGAUAAAAAGAGUCAAUUUCUUCAGAGAUUGGUUUAACUUAGAAUUUGGCUAUCCAAAGGGCUAUUGGAUCUCGGCAUUCUUUUUCCCAUAAGGUUUUCUAACUUCAGUUCUCUAGACAUUUGCAAGGAAGAAUUAAAUUGCUAUUGAUGUUCUUGGAUUCAGUUUCAAAUUCUUCAAUUAUGUAGAUAGUGAAAUGGUAAUAAAUACAAUCUAUUUAGAUUACAUCAACCCCUGAAAAUGGAGCCUACAUUUAUGGUUUAUACGUUGAGGGUUGUAGAUUUGAUUUGAACAAAGGAAUACUCGAAGAUCAAUUACCAGGCUAAACUAUAUUCUAGGCUCCCAUAAUACAUUUCAUACCAACUUAAGACUACAAACCUAAUCCAAAUGAAUAUUCAAUGCCUCUUUAUAAAACAAGUACAUUUUCAUAUUAAAUUUUAAGGUCUUCGAGCAGGAGUAUUAUCAACAACAGGACAUUCAACUAAUUUCAUAAGAGCUAUCGAAUGCCCUACCAAGAAGAAUCCUGAUUAUUGGAUUCUUAAUGGAGCUGCAUUCACAACCCAACUAAAUGAUUGAUGAUAUAAUUUAUAAUAAUGUUCAAAUUUUAUCAUAUUUAAU